UCCGGCUGAAGGGGGUCUGGGCCGCAGACGCUCGGUCGACCGGCUGGUUUGGGUGGCCGGGCUGCCGAUCCAUCGCCCGACUGAUCGAUCGCCCGGCUGCCGAUCGGUCAGUCACCCGGCUGAUCGGUGGCCGGGCUGCCGAUCGAUCGAUCGCCCGGCUCCUGAUCGAUCUCCCGGCCGGCGAUCGAUCGGCCGUCUCGGCGGGGCCCGGGAGCAUGUGGCUGAACCCCGAGGAGGUGCUGCUGGCCAACGCGCUGUGGAUCACCGAGCGGGCCAACCCCUACUUCGUCCUGCAGCGGAGGAAGGGCCACGGCGGCGAGGGAGGCGGCGGCGCCGGAGGACUGGCCGGUCUUCUGGUGGGAACUCUUGAUGUCGUUCUGGACUCCAGUGCGAGGGUUGCCCCCUACCGAAUCCUCUAUCAGACUCCAGACUCGCUGGUGUACUGGACCAUUGCCUGCGGUGGAUCAAGGAAGGAAGUCACUGAACACUGGGAAUGGCUUGAGCAGAAUCUGCUGCAGACGCUGUCCAUCUUUGAAAAUGAAAAUGAUAUAACAACGUUUGUGAGGGGAAAGGUCCAGGGAAUCAUUGCGGAAUACAACAAAAUCAAUGAUGUGAAGGAAGAUGACGACACAGAGAAGUUUAAGGAAGCCAUCGUGAAAUUCCACCGGCUGUUUGGGAUGCCUGAGGAAGAGAAACUGGUCAACUAUUACUCUUGCAGCUACUGGAAGGGCAAGGUUCCUCGCCAAGGCUGGGUGUACCUCAGUAUUAACCACCUGUGCUUCUAUUCCUUCCUUAUGGGAAGGGAAGCCAAGUUGGUGAUCCGCUGGGUGGACAUAACCCAGCUGGAGAAGAAUGCCACGCUGCUGCUGCCUGACGUGAUCAAAGUGAGCACAAGGUCGAGGGAACACUUCUUCUCCGUCUUCCUCAACAUCAAUGAGACGUUCAAGCUCAUGGAACAACUGGCCAACAUCGCUAUGCGGCAACUUUUAGACAACGAGGGAUUCGAACAAGACAGAUCGCUUCCCAAAUUGAAAAAGAAAUCCCCCAAAAAAGUGUCUGCUUUAAAACGAGAUCUUGACGCCAGGGCAAAGAGUGAGCGAUACCGUGCCCUCUUCCGACUGCCCAAGGAUGAGAAGUUAGAUGGUCACACCGACUGCACCCUGUGGACUCCGUUCAACAAGAUGCAUAUUCUGGGGCAAAUGUUUGUGUCCACGAAUUAUAUCUGCUUUACCAGCAAGGAAGAAAACUUGUGUAGCCUGAUUAUUCCACUCCGAGAGGUGACAAUAGUGGAAAAGGCAGAUAGCUCUAGUGUAUUACCCAGCCCUCUAUCAAUCAGCACCAAAAACCGCAUGACUUUCCUCUUUGCCAACUUGAAAGAUAGAGACUUUCUGGUGCAGCGGAUCUCCGACUUCCUGCAGCAAACCACUUCAAAAAUCUACUUGGACAAAGAGAUGGCAGGAAGCUACAACAGUUCAGAUGAUGAGGUACAGGGAAAGGCUUAUUCAAGGCCCAGUAGCCUGGUUUCCUCAAGCCCGCAGAGAAGCUUGAGCUCCGAAGCGGAGGGAGAGCGGCAGUUCAACCUGAACGGCAACAGCGUUCCCACGGCCACGCAGACGCUGAUGACCAUGUAUCGGCGACGGUCUCCUGAGGAAUUCAACCCCAAAUUGGCCAAAGAGUUCUUGAAAGAGCAAGCUUGGAAGAUUCACUUUGCCGAGUAUGGACAGGGGAUCUGCAUGUACCGCACGGAGAAAAGCCGAGCCCUGGUGUUGAAGGGCAUCCCCGAGAGCAUGCGCGGAGACCUCUGGCUGCUGCUUUCAGGAGCCAUCAAUGAGAUGGCCACCCACCCUGGCUAUUAUGAAGACCUGGUGGAGAAGUCGAUGGGGAAGUACAACCUCGCCACAGAAGAGAUCGAAAGGGAUUUGCACCGCUCCCUACCAGAACACCCGGCUUUCCAGAAUGAAAUGGGCAUUGCUGCUCUGAGGAGGGUGCUAACGGCCUACGCCUUUCGAAAUCCCAACAUAGGCUACUGCCAGGCCAUGAACAUUGUGACAUCUGUGCUACUUCUGUAUGCAAAAGAGGAGGAAGCGUUUUGGUUGCUAGUGGCUUUGUGCGAGCGCAUGCUUCCGGACUACUAUAACACAAGAGUUGUUGGAGCACUGGUGGAUCAGGGCGUCUUUGAGGAGCUGGCCCGAGACUACGUCCCUCAGCUGUACGACUGCAUGCAGGACCUGGGAGUAAUCUCCACCAUCUCCCUGUCUUGGUUCCUCACCCUCUUUCUCAGCGUGAUGCCAUUCGAGAGCGCCGUGGUGGUGGUCGACUGUUUCUUCUAUGAAGGAAUCAAAGUGAUCUUCCAGCUGGCACUGGCCGUGCUGGAUGCCAAUGUGGACAAGCUGCUGAACUGCAAAGAUGACGGGGAGGCCAUGACUGUCCUGGGAAGGUAUUUAGACAGCAUAACCAACAAAGAUAGUACCCUGCCUCCCAUCCCUCAUCUUCACUCCCUGCUCAGCGAUGAUGUGGAACCUUACCCUGAGGUGGACAUCUUCCGGCUCAUCAGAACAUCGUAUGAGAAAUUUGGAACCAUCCGGGCUGAUUUGAUUGAACAGAUGAGAUUCAAGCAGAGGCUGAAGGUGAUCCAAACCCUUGAGGACACUACGAAGCGCAAUGUGGUGCGGACCAUUGUCACAGAAACUUCCUUUACCAUUGAUGAACUGGAGGAACUCUAUGCUCUUUUCAAGGCGGAACAUCUCACCAGCUGUUACUGGGGUGGAAGCAGCAGUGCCUUGGACCGCCACGACCCCAGCCUGCCCUACCUGGAGCAGUACCGCAUUGACUUUGAGCAGUUUAAGGGGAUGUUUGCUCUCCUGUUUCCCUGGGCGUGCGGGGCUCACUCAGAAGUGCUAGCUUCACGCCUGUUCCAACUGCUGGAUGAAAAUGGAGACUCUCUGAUCAACUUUCGGGAAUUCGUGUCUGGGCUAAGUGCAGCAUGUCACGGAGACCUCACAGAGAAACUGAAAUUGCUGUACAAAAUGCACGUUCUGCCUGAGCUACCUCCUGAUCAAGAAGAGCCAGAUUCAGCUUUUGAAGCCACCCAGUACUUCUUUGAGGACAUCACGCCAGAGUGCACACACGUUGUUGGACUAGACAGCAGGAAUAAACAGAACGCAGAUGAUGGGUUUGUUACAGUGAGUCUAAAACCAGACAAAGGGAAGAAGGCAAAUUCCCAAGAGAAUCGCAACUACCUAAGACUUUGGACCCAGGAAAAUAAAUCCAAAUCGAAAAAUGCAAAGGAGUUACCCAAACUGAACCAGGGGCAGUUUAUCGAGCUGUGCAAGACAAUGUACAACAUGUUCAGCGAGGACCCGAAUGAGCAAGAGCUGUAUCACGCGACCGCCGCCGUGACUAGCCUGCUGCUGGAGAUUGGCGAAGUGGGCAAGCUGUUUGUUGCCCAGCCUGCCAAGGAGAGCGACACCAGAGGUCCUGAUGCCAGGGGCACCGCCCGCGGCCCAGGCAGCCAAGCCCUCCAGAACAUGCUGUUCCCCAAGAAAGGGGCCAACCAACCCUACUCCCCAGAGCCGGGCGAGCCGCCUCCUCCCAGCCCGGGCCCCGAAGGCGAGGAGCCUCCUGAGGGCGGCCUGGGGGGGCAGAUGGAAGACAUCAAGCUGGAGGACUCGUCCCCCCGGGACCACGGGGCCGGCUCCUCCAUGCUCAUCUCCGACGAUGACAGCUCUAUGUCCUCCUACUCGGUGCUAAGCGCGGGCUCCCACGAGGAGGACAAGCUGCACUGCGAGGACAUUGGGGACGACACUGUCCUGGUGCGCAGCGACCGGGGCGGAGCCGCGUCGGCCCUUCCCCGGAGCACCAGCCUGGACCGUGACUGGGCCAUCACCUUCGAGCAGUUCCUGGCCUCACUGUUAACCGAGCCGGCCCUGGUCAGGUACUUCGACAAACCCGUGUCCAUGAUGGCCCGGAUAACCAAUGCCAAGAACGUAAGGAUGAUGGGCAAGCCCAUCACCUCUGCCAGUGACUAUGAGAUCUCUGCCCUGUCAGGGUGAAGUAGGGGUCAGCGGGGAGGGAGGGUUUUUUAAGUUGUUUUGUGUUGCAGGGUUUUAUUUUUCUUGUCCUGUUUGGUUUUUUUUAAAUUCAGUAUUUAUUGGUACCUGGCCUGAGGCCUGGUAUUUUCAUAAUAUUAAGUAGAGGGUAAACAAUGGGAAAAUAUUUAAAUAUCUUAGGUACUCACUUUAUUUCUAUGGACACCACCAAACACCCAGAUUGCAGCUUCAUUCUACAACAGUUUCAAAAAGAUUAAAUUGCCAGCAGAAAAUGUGGAUUCUCAUGAUUAUGGCUGAGUUCGAUUCUCCCCUCUUUAGAGAAGGCAAAAAUUCAACACUGUGGGAUUACUUAAGCCCAGAGGUAUUGAAAACACACCUCACCCCUCAGCAAACCCCAGGCCCCACAUAGUCGCCCUCCAGACUCUGGUUGAGUCGAGCAUCAUAGUGACCUCACGGUUGACACUCUACAGAGGGUAAAGAUUCGUUCUGCGUUUUUAUGUCUACACCAAAUGGCAGUUAUUUAUGUACAUGUUUUUUCUAAUCAGACCAGCAGAGAGAAUAAAUGCUGUCAAUAGUGAGUACUUCAAAAUGGAAGAGACCUGGCCCCUUGGUCGGUUGGUUGGUUAGGCUCUUGUAAGUCCCACACCACAUCCUGGCGGGAUGGGUUUUUUGUGUUUUUUUUGUUUUGUUUUGAGUCGAGCUUGAAGAGGAAGUUUUGUUUGCUGAAGCAUUGCCUCACAGCCUUCCUUCCUUCCCCAGGGAAGGAAUGUGUGGAGGCCUAAAAAAAAUUGGCUGGGAAGCUCGAGUUCAAGUGGCAAAGAUGACCACUUUGAGUUUUUAGAAAAUUAAAGACACCCUGACUUCUCUGACAGCUGAAACUGCAACUUGCUGUUCAUCUCUAAGAUGAACUGACUCUUUUACCAUCCUCUUAACCUUUCCCCUAUAGAUUUAGGAAAUGAUGGACAUGUACUGCUUAAGUCCUUUUCUUUUUUAGUUAAACCACUGUAAGUAGGAGUAAUGUAAACUGAAACAAAUCUGCAAGAUGAUGUAACUGAAUGUUUUAAAAUCUUACUGGGAACAUGUCACUUUAUAUAAAGAAUAGUAUGCUGUAUCAAUUACCUGAAUGGUAUGUGGAAAUGAAAUCUAGCACACCUGCACUUUGAAUUCUUGCUUUUCUACAGACAUGAUUUUUUUGCUUAUUUGUCAUCACUAAAUUCAACAUUCCUAAAUGACUUGAUUUGCUUCUUCAAAAUGUCCUCCAAAGUUGAUUUUUUUCACAUCAUUGUAUAUUGUAAACCUGUUUUAUUUUAGCUGAUGCUGCUGUUUCAUUGUUUACAAGAAUGGUUUUAAAACUGUAAGGCAAAGUAGUGUUUAAUCAAAAAUAGGAUAAAUGUGAAUAAUAAAAUACACUCGGAUACUCA